AGAGGAUAGAGGGAUAGAGGCUGAUAAGGGCUGCAGCAGACAGCUGGUUAACGGAGAGAGAAGGAGAAGAGUGAGAGUGUGAGUGGACCUGUAUCCUCUGCUGCGACCUCUCUCUCUCACCGACUGACUGAUCCAACACAGAUGAUGUCAUUGGAGCACCUGACCUGUGGUUGGCUGCGGCAGCUGCUCAUUGUCCUUCUGAAGCUGUGCCUAGCUUUCGCUGGGCCUUUGCGAUCACUCAACGGGACUGAAUGCGCAGCCAAGGGUCCUGCCUCAUACAUCCUAGUCUUUACAGGUCACUGGAGCCCACAGGCCUUCCCCAAGCAGUAUCCACUGUUCCGCCCCCCUGCUCAGUGGUCCAAACUGAUAGCGGUCAGCCACAAUCGCCAUUUUCGGCUGUGGGAGGAGGGUGCUACAGCCAGUGCAGGGGUGCAGAUAUUUGCUGAACUCGGGUUGACGGUGGAGCUGAUGAAGGAAGCCAAGGACGCCAGGAAGGGACGCGCAGUUGGCGCCAUGUACCGAACGGCCGGCAUCCCAAACGGCAUUGGGCACAGCUCCACAGAGUUGCUCAUGCAGCCCCGGAGCUCACUGCUGUCCCUGAUGGUGAAGAUGAUCCCCAGCCCUGACUGGUUUGUCGGUGUGGACAGCAUAAACCUUUGCGAGGGCAACCAGUGGAAACAGGAAGUGACCAUUGACCUCCGGCCGUAUGAUGCAGGGACGGACAGUGGAUUCACUUUCUCCUCUCCCAACUUCCCCAGCAGCCCCCAAGAAAACAUCACAAAGAUCACAUCUCAGAUGCCAAACCACCCGGCCAACUCCUUCUACUAUCCACGCUUAAAGGAGCUUCCACCAAUGGCCAGUUUGAGGAUCACUCGACAGAGCGGAUCACCUGACCGUCAAACCUCAAUGUCCAACCAUAUUCUGCCCAACUCAAUCAGUCCCCAGCGCUUCUCAGUGACGCCACUGGACUGUGAAGUGUCUCUCUGGUCAUCCUGGGGUUUGUGUCUGGGCCCCUGCUCCAGAGGGGGUGUUCGCCACCGCACCCGUUACAUCCUUUUGCGGCCGGCCAAUGCUGGCACCCCCUGCCCCGAGCUGGAGGAACAGGCUGAAUGUGUACCACACAGCUGUAUGAAACUCCAGUAACCCACAGUGGGGCACAAUCACAGAUGCUGCCAGUAUUCAACACUGGGACUCUCAUGUUAUUACUGCUGGACUGAGAAAUGUUGCUGCAUCUUGAGCAUUGCCUUGACAAUGCAAAGGAUGGUUUGUCUUUGUCACAGGCAAAUUGUGGAAAUUGUCUUCUCUUGUUGCAUUGUCUGUGCAGCACAUAUAUACACACCUCUGGGUGUACUCUAAUGACAAUGAUUUUAAUGAAUUGCCCAGGAUGCAGAAUAGAAAUACUUAUAGGAACAGGUGUAAACCUGUGUCGUCUCAAAGACUUGUAUGAGACAUAUUAUGGUUUGCUCACUUCCAGCAACAAAUGUUUUCAAAGUGUAUGCUGAUAAUGGCAAACCCCUUCAAAAAUGUGCAUCUUCAACAUGCACACGGGACAGAAAUCUCUUCACAAAGGUCCUUGCACAUACUGCGAACUUACAGGCAUUAGUAUACAUAGGUAACCUAUACAUGUUUGGCACAUGCAGCUCUUUCAAAAUAACCUCACACCCUGUUUUAUAAAUAUCACCUUUCACAAGAAAGAAAAAACGAAUGGCUGACUUGAAGCAUAGAGCCAGUAUGAAGACUUAGGCCUAUUUUGUAACAGGAUGCAGGUUUUUAUAUAUAAAAAAAGAUAAAUAUUUGUUUUAUUAUCUCUUUUGAUAUUUGAAUGUUGAGAUUUUGUAUAUACUGUAUGAUGUAUUUUAUCUUGUAUAACUCAUGAAUAAAUAUGGUGGUGUUUUUCAAAUUGAA